CCCCUUUUUAACCUCCUAAAACUUUACUUCAACAGCCCAGGUUGCAUUUUUUUUUUAUUAUAAGCCCCUCUACAAUUUACACUUAUCAAAGUCCUGUUAACAAUUUUUUUUUUUUUUUCAAGAAAAUAAAAAUAAAAUGGCAUUCCCUUUUAGUUUCUUUAGAUACGCCCAUGGCUUUAGUUUAUACGAAUUUCUCUUGCCAAGUUGCCAACCAUGGGCGAUCGUUUAGUGAGUGUUCUGUGGCGAUCGAUUUCUGGUGUUUUGUCUUUGUUUGUUUUUAUUAAAACGUAAAAGUGGGGUAAUAUUCAAGAUUUUUUGUGAUUUUUUUCCCACUUUGUGACUUUCCUUCCCUUCCAUGAGUUGAGUUGUAUAUUUACCUGUACAGACAUAGAAAAAUAAAAAGUGUACAGACUUACAUAGUUGCAAAAGGAAGUAAAUUACCAAAACUAUAUAAUAAUGUAACAUUAUUAAUCUAAAAUGUGUGGAAUCUUUAGAAUGGCGAAUGGUCUGUAGAAAAUAGAUCUGGAAUCGACAAUCGGGUAUAAGGGUUCAGUUGAACAGGACAGGACACAAUUUAAUGUAAAUUGGAUGGUACCGCUGUGAUUUCUAUGCCGCUAAGUUAGUUUACCGGGAAGAACAUUUUUCUAAAAUUUAUUAAGUUGUUUCUUCAACGCAUGUUCAUCACAAAAUCACCAAAAUGAAUAAAUUAUUAUCAGACCUCCAGAAAAAACCAGUUGUUCCAACCGGACAAGUAAAUGGGGUUAUGGGAGUUGAUUUCAAUGAUGAAGAGUUCAGCUCUACAGACGAAGAAGAUGAUGCUUGUGAAUCUUAUGAACAAAACUAUGUUAGUGAAGAAAUGCAAAAAUAUGCCUCUAUUGCUGCAAAAGAGGAACCCUCUAGUAUGUCAGAUGUUGAAGGAGUUGAUGGUAUACAUUACAAAAAUAAUCCUCUAAAUGUGUAUACUCAGUAUCAUUUUGACAGAACUCCUGUUAAAAAAGAAUUACCAAUUGAUUCUUUUCGUGAAAAGAUUCUUCACCUCACAGAAGUCAAUAACGUUUUAGUUAUUCAAGGCCCCACAGGAUGUGGUAAAACUACUCAAGUACCUCAGUAUAUUUUAGAUGAUGCUCGAGAAAAAACAGAGUAUUGUAAUAUAGUUGUGACACAGCCUAGAAGAAUAGCCACAAUUAAUGUUGCCAAAAGAGUGUGUGAAGAAAGAGGAUGGACCUUGGGUACCGUUUGUGGUUACCAGGUUGGAUUGGAGAAGAAAAUCUCACCUGAUAUGAUUUUAACUUAUGUGACUACAGGAAUUCUUUUACAAAAAAUUAUAAAAGCAAAAUCUUUGCAUCAGUUUACCCAUAUAAUUGUUGACGAAAUUCACGAAAGGAAUCAAGAAUUAGAUUUUUUGUUAUUGAUUAUUAGAAGAUUUUUAUUUACUAAUUCUCCAAGAACAAAAGUUAUUCUGAUGUCUGCUACCAUUGAAGCUGAAGAGUUUGCUUAUUAUUUUCGUUCACAUAACAUGAAUGCAGCACUUCCUGCACCUAUAAUUUAUGUUAAUAAACAGAAUAGUUAUACGAAGACUACAUAUUAUUUAGAUAAUCUUCAAACUGCAUUCGACGCAACUCGUGCUUCUUUACCUGACUUUGAAAUUGAUAAACCAGAAAUAUCUGACGGGCUUUGGAAAAUUUUCACAUUUUUAGUUUCCAUUAUUGAUAAGUUAGAUGUCAUAGACCAUAAUACAAUGAAACCUAUAAUUGGUAGCGUUUUAGUAUUUUUACCUGGUAUUCAUGAAAUCGAAGAAGCAAGUAAAUUGUUACAGCAACGUUAUAUCGAUGUAUCUAAGGACAAAGAAUCUACACCAAUUAAAUGGGAUAUUAUUCCUUUACAUUCAUCAUUACCUAACGAUGACUUAGCUAAAGCUUUUGCUCCUGCUAGAGUUGGAACUAGAAAAGUUAUUUUAUCCACAAAUAUUGCUGAAAGUUCCAUCACUGUUCCAGAUUCAUAUUAUGUCAUAGAUUUUUGUAUGACGAAGAUUAUGACGGUAGACCCAAUGACUAAAUAUAUGAGCUUAAAACUUGAAUGGGCCUCUCAUGUUAAUUGUGAUCAAAGAGCAGGUCGAGUUGGUAGAAUAGGUAAUGGUAGAAUCUACCGUCUGGUUCCAAGAAAUUUUUACCAACGAAAAAUGACAGCAAAAGGUAUUCCCGAGAUUUUAAGAGCUCCAUUGGAAAGGGUGGUUCUACAAUCAAAAAUGUUGAAUUUAAACGACACUCCUCAGCAAAUACUUGCAUUGGCUAUAAAUCCGCCCAAUCUUAAUAACAUAAAAUUGACAAUUCUUAAUCUCAAAGAGCUUGGUGGUUUAUUACAAACUUGUAGAGGGAAGUAUACCGCUUCAGAUGGCGAUAUAACAUUUUUGGGUACAGUUAUGGCUUCAUUGCCAGUUGAUAUUCAUUUAUCAAAACUCAUUGUAUUGGGAUAUCUAUUUAGUUGUCUCGAUGAAGCAGUUAUAAUGGCUGCUGGGUGUUCUAUUCAAAACAUCUUUUCCAUUCCAUUUCAACAAAGAUUCAAUGCUUACAGAAAAAUUUUGUUAUGGGCAGAUGGGUCUUUCAGCGACCUUAUAGCUUGCCUUAACUUAUAUCGGGUGUGGCAAGGAUGUAAAAGGGAUAACAAAUUUGAGAACUUUUAUGCUGAAAAUCGAUGGUGCAAAAUGAACCUUGUUAGUUUGAAAGGUUUAAGGGAAUGGAAUAUGUUAGUUACAGAAAUCAAACAACGUCUUGAAUUCAUGAAUAUAAGAACGAUCCCUAAACAAGAACAACUUAGACAUGACGAAGGACCACUCAUUUUAAAGAUUAUUGCAGCUGGAGCGUUUUAUCCAAAUUACUACAUAAGGGAACCGAGCAGCGAUCUUGAUGAAAAAGAAGCAGUUAAAGUUGUAGGUGGCCGAAAUCCUUUUCUCUGCGUAUAUUUAACGGGCAUGGAUCUUUCCCAACCAGGUCCAUUGUACAUUAGAGCCAUCAAGGCACUCUUUAGAAAUGAAAAUGAAGCGGAAAGUAACAUAUCUGUAGGGUUUGACGGAAGCAGCAAAGUUUAUAUUGAAUUUAAAAACUACAACAAGGCACAUGAGCAGCUCACAGUAUCUGUCGAUGGAAGGCAGAUGAUAGCUGAUACUAUUGCGGGAAAAAUUCCGAAAGAAGUAUAUGAAGCAGUUAGGAAAAGGCAGUUGCGUUAUCCCAUGGAAUUAAAAGUAUUGCCUGCACUCGAAGCCUGGAAAUGGGCAGAAGAGAAAGGAUUUAAAAGAAAAAGUACUUUGCAGAAAAUGGAAGAUUAUCCUGUUCCGAGUAUAUCAAAUGCAAAUAACUGGGUGGAUAUGUGUUCUCCUAUUCCCUCUUUGGAUAGAGAGUGGAUUGAAAUUAAAAUUACAGAGCACAUUGAUGCAGGGCAUUUUUGGGCAAAUCUUUUGGAUAGUGAAAUAUAUUUGGCCAAAUUAGAAGAAAUUCUUAACAAAACUGUACUUCAUGCAGUCGUUGCAUCAAAUAACACUGUCAAGCUGGGUAAAAUGUAUGCUGCUAAAUAUUUUGAGGAUAAUAUAUUUUAUCGUUGUCAAAUCGUAUCAGUGAAUCCAAAUUUUGCCCAGGUAAUUUUUGUGGACUAUGGUAACAUUCAGCAAGUUCCUAUAAAUGAAGUGUAUAUAUUACCUAAUAGACCUGAAUGUCAAAUUCCACCCUUAGGAAUUGAGUGCGUUCUUUAUGGUAUACAACCAUCAAGAAAAGCUAACCCUAAAGGUGUUUGGACAGAAGAGAGCAAUUUGUAUUGGAAAAAACAGACAUGUAAUGUACUUCUUCAUGGUAAAGUUCAUUCUGUUGUUGAUAAUAUAAUAAAUUUAGAACUGUUCAAGCAAGAUCCACAUGUUAGGAUGAAUGUAAAAUCCAUAAACAGAAUGAUGAUAGAGCAAGGAUAUGCUGAUCCAGCAGCAGAGAGCUUUUUAUCAAAGGCUGAUCACGAGAAGAGAUGCCAAGUGUAUAAAUCCGAAAAUCCUACAAUGGAAGCGAUAAGAUUAAGUUUCGAUAAAGUUGAAAAUUAUGAAGAUUUUGAAGCUCCUCGAAUAUCAAAGGAUUACAAUAUAAUCUAUUUGAAAGGUCCUUUUAGUCCAUUAGAAAUGAGAAUGUAUGGAUGCAUUGAAAGUGCUGGAAACAAACUUAUUGACGUAGAGGGAUCUUCAGUUAAUACAGUAUUAUUAAAUAGUGAACCACAAAACUACCACACCAGGUUGUUAGUAGCAGGUUACGUUAGUCAAACGUCAGAAGGACACCGCUUAAAACUUAGACAAACUACUUUAAUGCCAAAUAUACCAGGUCUACCAGUAUUGUUAACACUUUUGUUUUGUCCUACUAUGCAACCCAAAUUGACUGAAGAUGGUACUAGAGUUGCAUCUAUUCUUUGUGGAUUGGGUUAUGAUAAAUAUAUGAAUAAACCUUAUUACCCUGCUCACGAUUUUACAUUGGACCUUGAUACCGAAUUGACUGAAGAUGAGAUAAACAGGAUAAACAGAGUACGUUUUUCAUUAAAUCAAGGAAUAAAAUUAAUGGCAGAAAUCUCAAAUCAAAUGUCGGUCCAGGAUGAAAUGUUAAGAAUUCAGAAAUCUCUUAAGCGAGACCUCAUUAACCUUAUUUAUUCUGAAAGAAAAGUUAUUGAAAGAACCAGCGUAAAAAAUGCAAAUGUUUGGGGCAAAAAUAACUUUGAGGCACAAGAACUCAAACCAAACAUAUCUGACGAAACAGAAGACGUAUGGCCUCUAUUAUGGUUUGUUAAAUUGCACAAGAAAAAUCAUCCACAUAUUGGAAAAAAUCUCGCCGAAUUGGAAAGUAUGGCUAAAAGGUUGACACCAGCUACUGAAACUGAAUGUUUACUCUGUAGAGAGAAUUUAUUAUUUCUACAUGAUAUCCGAACACAUCUCAUUUCACAGGACCAUAAAGAAAGAGUUUCAAUUUAUUACCAGGAUUGUCAAAAUUCAGGAACACUGGAAGCAGAAGAGGAUUAGUUUUUAACUUUCGUUUUAUUCAAUAUAUCCUUGUAUUUUUAUUUUUUUUACCAUUGUUAUAUUUAGUUAUGUUUAAAACUAACUUUUAUUGUUGUAUCCUGUAAAAUGAUGUUCUGCAGUUAAGAGUUCUGAAUUUUAUUUUUUUUUUGAUAAUAAAACAACGUUUUUUUAUAUUUGUAUCUUUAUUUUAAAUUAACAGCUUA